GGGUUCUUUGUAAAUUAGAUAGAGUGCCUAGAUCUGUUCAUCACUACUUUGAGACUCUGUUAUCUAUUGGAAAUUAAUAGAGUUCGAUGUAGAGCAAGUGCAUUAUUAGUUCAUCCAACAUUGGAGCAGUGAUAGAUGUAAAACUUCUUCCGUAUGUUCUUCAAAUAAUAAAAAAAUAAUUUUAAGGUGGUUUUUGUUCUAUUCUUUAAAUGUAGAAGUAAUCGGUGUUUCUGUGUGUUUCUCUAUGCGCUUCAAUUUAUGAGCACAACACUUAUUACGCAAUGAGCUCCACUACCACCCUCCUUCUUCUUCUACUACUUCUGGUGCUGCAAAAUUACGAAUUUGCCCAUGGAAGAAAGCGCAAGGUGCACAUCAGCGAUGACCUUGAUGACGUGUACGAUGACGAAGAGGACGAGUCUUGGAAGGAAUGGGACAAGAAGAAGGAGCCAUCUUUCCCGCCCGCCGAUCUGUCGAAAAUGGAACCGUCUCAGAUCAAGGAGGAGAUGAUGAAGCGCCACACCGGUCCCGUCAUCGGCUUCGUCAAGCUCCGCUUCGGACUUCGCCGUACUCCGGACAUGGUAGCGGAAAUCGCCAUGAAAUGGUCACAAGUUAUGAGAACUGGAGGCAUUGGUAUAAGGUUCAUGGGUGUUGAUACAAGUACAAUCAUGUUCAACAUGGAAAGCAUCAAAGGCAUGGAUGAGUUGAAGGACUUUAUCUUUGACCAAUCAGAGGCAUAUGAGAUCAAAAUCGGGAAUGAUGUUUUUCGAAGACCUGGAGAUCCACCUUUAGAAGAGGUUCUUCAGAACCUUCAGAAAGAAAAAACCAAAGCGGAUAAUGCUGGUCAAGAGGAAAAUGAUGGGGAUUUGAGAACAGAGUUGUAAUUCAUUUCUAGGGAUAUGAUUGUCUUCCAAGGUUUAGUAACAGUUUUGUGAAUUUUGUAGUUUGACAUAAAAAAACACUUUCUUCCUCCUCAUUUUAAGGUGAUGAACUGCUUCUAAAGGAUAAUGUAGUAAUCGCCUUUUCAGCAUUUGUGUAAACCAAGAGAAACUCAAACUACUGCAUUGAUGAGACGAAAGAAACAAAGAUAUUCAAAUUCCCCUUGGUGAAAAGUGAGUCCCCUAAUAACCUAUCAAACCAUAUAUGACUAUUCUACUUUAUC